AGGAAUAGGGACAAUAAAGCAAAAUUGUUGGGCUCCUGCGUUCAAUUUUAAUUUUAAUUCUAAUUUUUCUAGAUCUCCCAAAAGGACACUUCCCUUGUACCCAAAAACGCAAAACUCACAAACUCUCUCUCUCUCUCCCCUAAACCCCCAAACCUCGAGGGCUUUAAUCUUGUUCAGAAGAUCUGGAGAUAAAAUAUCUCUAUGGAUGAGCUAAAGGAUAAGGAUGUUGAUGUGGGUAGUGGGUCAGAGUCCACUGUGAGUGCUAGUGGGCAUGUAGCUGGUGAAACCCUAGCUGGGUCCGAGGCUUGUGUAAUUGAGGGUCAGGUUGAGGGGUCUUUUGGGGAGGAUCUUGGUGACGAUGAAGGCGGUGAUUGUGAUGGGGGUGAUAUAAUGGUGGAGGUUCUGGGUUCUAAUGUCUAUGUUGGUGGAGUUUGCACUAGUGGGGAUGGGGACAAUGAAGGGGUGGGUCAUGAUGAUUCGGUUGAGGUUGAUAUGGGGUUGGAGGGCAAUGUGAGAUCUCCUGGAGGAGAUGGUGGUGAAAUGGGUGAGCUGGAUUCGGUGGCUGCAGUUGUUAGUUCAACGAGCAUAGAAACCCAGGUUUUUCAUUUUGAGGAAGCUGAGAUGGUUGUGAGGCAGGAUGUGAAUUCAGAGGAAGUUAGUGUUUCGGAUGAAAAAUCACAGGAUGCCACAGUAGAAAAUGGAAUUGAGGGUUCCUUGAUUGGAUCUGUAGGUAGUGAAACACAAGUUGUCGUCAGUGAAGUAGUUGUGAAGGAAAGUGUAGAAGUUUCCGUGGGAGGAUUGGUGGAGGUUGUGGAACAAGAAAGGAAGUCGGUUGUUGGUGAUGUUGAUGCACUCAAUGAUUUGAAGGCACAAAUAGCUGGUGUUUCAGAUGAUGUAGUAUUGAAUCCUGGAAUUGAAAUGGCUGCAGUGGCUGUUAGUGAAGAAGGUUUGAAUCCCGAACCCUCGAGUGAACAAACCCAAGUUUCUGCUGCUAGUGGUGAUGUUGCUGGGUUGGACAAUGUAGAUAUUUUGACUUCCAAAGUUGCAGGUAAGGAAACUGAUAAAACUAAUGAAAAUUCAAGUCAUCCAGUAGAAGAACGGCUGGUUAAGAUUGAGCCAGUGGGUAGUUGCACCCGUAGUGGCAGCAAUGAACCUGAAUAUUCAGUGUCUUCUCCUAUGCCGCCUCAAGUAGUUCAUGGAAGUGACAUGGGAGCAACAGGUGCACAAGAUUCUGAAAAUUAUCAGUUCUUGAAACCUGAAGAAAGCGUAGAGGACAUGGUUCAUGAUAUUGCAUUGGUUUCAACUACCUUAUCUCCGCCAGCUCAAGUAAUUCCUGGAGGUGUAGUUUCAGUAACAGAAAGAGGGGGCCUUUUGAAUUCCAAAAAGGACCUGCACUUGAAACCUGAAGAGAGUAUAGGCAAGAACACGGUCCUUGAUACUGCACUGGUUGAAUCAAAUACAGGGCAAGAGAUGGAAGUGGACACACACGUUAAUGGUGCUGAACAGGAUAGCGUAGAUGGAACAGAUCAAUCCCUGGAGUCUGGAAAGUGUUUAGAAAAGACUGCGACAGCUUAUGUUGAUCGAGUUCAUCCUGAUAUCGAAGCGGAGGAAGUCAAUGAACAAGUGACUGAUGCUGAGGGUGUAUUAAAUGGAGGGGAACAGAUAGAAGAUGAAGGCCAAGACAUAAUGGGUGGAUCCACUGAGAUUGCAGCAGCAGAUGAUAAUAUUCGUCUGAAUCCAUGCAUUGAAGUAAAUAACUCUAUUGAUCCGAACUUGAAAAGUGAGACUGUUCAGAGGAGAUCACAAGCUGAUAUGCAAGUCACUGAUAGUGGAGAUGUUACUCCCAUGGACACUGAGGAGGUAGGAGUUAAAGAACAAUUUAAUGAUGCUGUGCUAGAUGGUUUACACGGAGGGCAAUACAUGGAAGGCGAAAAAGAAGCUACUGAUGCUGAACAACCAAAAGCAGGUGAAGAGGAAAUUCUUAAACAAGAAGCUAUCCAGGGAAGCUCAGAAAUUGUGCCUCAACCGAGAUAUGAGCUGCCACCAGAAAAUCAUGUGUUUUCUGCAUCUGAUUUAGUUUGGGGUAAAGUGAAGAGUCAUCCAUGGUGGCCUGGACAGAUAUUUGAUUAUACGGUUGCAUCUGAGAAGGCAAUGAAAUAUCAUAAAAAGGAUUGCUUUUUGGUAGCAUAUUUUGGGGACCGUACUUUUGCUUGGAAUGAACCAUGUAGUUUAAAGCCUUUUCGAUCUUACUUUUCCCAGUCAGAGAAUCAAUGUAUUUCAGAAGCAUUCCAGAAUGCUGUCAAUUGUGCUCUGGAAGAAGUUUCGAGACGUGUUGAAUUGGGGCUAGCAUGCUCUUGCAUACCAAUAGAAGUCUAUGAGAAGAUUAGGUUCCAGAAAGUUGAAAAUGCCGGGAUUCGCCAAGAAUCAAGUAGAAGAGAUGAAGUGGAUGAAUCGGCAAGUGCCAGUUCUCUUGAAUGUAAUCAAUUGCUGGAUUACAUAAAAGCUUUAGCACGGUUCCCAUCUGUUAACUGUGACCGAUUAGAAGUUGUGAUAGCUAAGGCUCAUGUGCUAUCAUUUUAUCGCUUGAAGGGUUACUACAACUUGCCAGAAUUCCAAUCUUGCGGAGAUAUAUUGGAAAACAGAGAUGAAAGGAUUGAGCUUACAACUCCUAAUGGCAAGGAAGCUAAAGGUACUCUCUCUGGCCCUGAGAUUAUUACCUAUUCUCACAAGCGUAAACAUAGUUUAAGAGAUUCUAAGGUAAAAGAACGAAGCCUGUCUGAAUUAAUGGAUGGCGGCUUAGAUUCUCUGGAUGGCGGUGAUUGGUUGGAUGGGAAAGAUACUGGUGGUUUGGUCUCACCAUCCUCUGGCAAGAGACGGAAGGGUUUUGAGUAUCAUGUUGAUGAUGAUGGAAGGAAAGUUAGCGGAGCAAAAGUUUCUAAUACCACGCCUGUCCCAAAACAGUCUUUUAAGAUUGGUGAAUGUAUCCAGAGAGUUGCAAGCCAACUUACAGGGUCUCCUAUUGUGAAGUCCAACAGUGACAGACCUGCUGGGGAUGGAUCUGAUGUUGCCUUCCAGAGUUCUGGUGAUGUCCACAGAGGGAAAGCAGUUGAUAGAUCAGAGUACUUGUCGUUAGAUGAAUUGCUGUCACAACUUCAGUUGGCAGCAGAAGAUCCACAGAAGGAUAACCUAAGCUUGAAAACUGUUGUUAAUUUCUUCUCUGAUUUUAGGAAUUCUGUAGCUGUAGGUCAGCUUCCUGGGAUAGAGCAUUUAGCUGUGGACAAAGUUGGUGGGAGAAAGAGGAAGUCGUCAAAUUCUGCUUUUGGAUUGCCUGAAACUUUUGAAUUUGAUGACAUGAAUGAUACUUAUUGGACAGACAGGGUAAUCCAAAAUGGCGUUGAAGAGCAAACACCGCGAAGGGGCAGGAAGGCUAAUUAUCAACCCAUUGUUCUUGCCCAACCAGAAAAAUCCCCUCAAGAGGGUCGUAGGCCAUACGCCAGGAAGCGGUAUUCCCAAACUGUUAAUGCUUUGCCGCCAGAGAAGCCUGUUGGCUAUGUGGAUGAGAAUGCCCCAACAGAACUUGUUAUGAACUUCUCUGAGGUGAAUUCUGUUCCCUCAGAAACAAAGCUGAAUAGAAUGUUUAGGCGCUUUGGACCUCUGAAGGAAGCUGAAACAGAAGUUGACAGGGAGAGCAGUCGUGCUAGAGUUGUUUUCAAGAAAUGUUCUGAUGCAGAGGUUGCUAUUGAUAGUGCUGGAAAAUUCAAGAUCUUUGGAUCAAUACCUGUAAAUUACCAGCUCAACUAUACUCCAUCUCAGCUCAACUAUACUCCGUCUAUCCAGUUUAGCAUUUCUCCCAGUGCCACAGCGCAUGAUCAGGAGAUGCAACUUGUUCUCCCCUCCCAUGAUCAUGAUAUGCACCUUGAUCUCUCCGCCCAUGACCAGAUGCAACUUGAUCUUUCCACCCACGACCAUAUGCAACUGGAUAUGCAACUUGAUCUUUCCUCUCAUGACCAGAUGCACCUUGAUCUCUCCACCUUUGAUAACCUAUGAAGUUGUCAGGGAGAGCAAAUGCUGAAGAAGAAAAAGAAGACAGUAUGCGGGUAUCUAUGCCCUGGGAAGCCCUAGGACGUGCAAGGCUGAAUCGGCUGCUGAAGGAGGUAACCAGACCAAGUAUUCAUCUGGUUAUGGUGAAUUUAACAUGUGCUGAGGUUUCUCGCUGUUUUCUAUUCACGAAGAUGCCUGUUUUUUGCUUCCUUCUGUACUCUUAUGUGUUUGAGGGUUCUUAGUUUGAAUGUACAGCAGAGAUGGCUGAUCCUUCCUUGAUGACUACAAUUAUGGCAUCAUUUUGUAUCCAUGAAUGGGGCCAAAAGAUCAUGUAUGAUUGUGCAUUAUCCCUAGUUGAAUAACGGUGACCGAUAAAUUUUUCUAAAACCAUGCUGAUUGCUGGAGGGUCGAGGGUCGAGGGUCUUGGGUCAAGGGCCGUUUUGGCCCUCGGAGACUUGGAGUUCCAAAAAGCAUGGGGGAAAAGUAAUUUGCUUUUGCUAUGUGA